GAUCCGGAAAAUGCCACGGAAAUACCACUUCACACGCCCAUGUGAACUUCUGUAGGUGCUGUCAUCAACUACGAAUGUUACAAUAAGUUGGUAACCUUAGUAUUCGUGCACGUAUUACUUCUUUGAAUGCAGCGUCCGAGUGUCUGCGCAGUGUGACAGAAAAUGGCAUCCGAAGCAGUUUAUACGCACAGAGAUCCGAUGCUGAAGAAAAGAGAUGACUUUGAGGACAUUUUGGAGGAGAGGAGGAACUCCAGUGACCUGAGAUAUGCCCUCAGAUGUUACACUCCCGUUCUUUACAAAGAAUUGACUCCCUGCAAAGCCAGCGAGCUGAAGAGCAUGGUGCUUCAGUCUGAUCAGCUGCAUUAUGUCAUCAGUCAGGUUUGUAAAGAGACAGGUAUGGCUGCAGAUGAAGUCCAGGUGGAGGCAGCAGCCAUCUUGGAGGAGAUGGCCCACCGCCUACAGCUCAGCACGGUCCGCUUCUUCGCCUUCACUCUUAGCAAAGUCUUUAAAACCUUGUUCAGGAGCAUCUGUGUCAAUGAGGAGGGCAUCCAGAGACUGCAACAGGCCAUUCAUGAGCACCCGGUUGUUCUCCUACCGAGUCACCGCAGUUACAUGGAUUUCCUGUUGAUGUCAUACAUCCUGUACACCUACGACCUGGCUCUCCCUGUCAUCGCUGCUGGCAUGGACUUCAUGUCGAUGAAGUUUGUUGGCGAGAUGCUGCGGAUGUCUGGAGCUUUCUUUAUCAGAAGGUCGUUUGGUGGAGACAAACUAUACUGGGCUGUGUUCUCAGAGUAUGUCAAGACUAUCCUCAAGAAUGGAUUUGCACCGGUUGAGUUUUUCCUGGAAGGAACCAGAAGCCGAACGUGCAAGUCUUUGACUCCAAAGUUAGGUCUGUUAAAUAUCGUGAUGGAUCCAUUCCUUAAAGGAGAAGUGUUUGAUAUUAGUUUGGUCCCCGUCAGCAUCACCUAUGAGAGGGUCCUGGAGGAGGCGCUCUAUGCCAGAGAACUGCUGGGUGUACCAAAGCCGAAGGAGUCCACUUCGGGUUUGUUUAAAGCCAGAAAGGUCCUCAGUGAAGACUACGGCAGUAUCCACGUGUACUUUGGUCAACCUGUGUCUGUCAGAAGUUUAGCUCAGAAAAGAGUGGACCGCUGCCAGUUCAACCUGAUACCAAGACACAUCCCCAGAAAGCCCGGUGCGGACAUCCACAGCUUUGUGAACGAUUCGGCCUACAGGCUGGUGCGGGCCCAGGAGGAGAACAUGGUCCUAAAGCCGUGGGUUCUUGUAGUCUCCCUGCUGCUCCAGAACCACCACCAGAACCAGGUGGCAGGGCAGAAGCAGGGGAUGGCACUGGAUGAGCUGACUGAACAAGCUGUGUGGCUCAGGGACCUCUCCAGGCAGUAUGGAGCCUUCCUCCACUGGCCCGACCAUGUUUCUCCUUCUGAGGUCGUUUCCUCCAGUCUUUCUCUUCACCGAGGUUUGGUGAGGAUCUCUGAGGGAUGGGUCCAGCUGGCAUCGGAACAAGCAGGAGGACAGACUGGACCAGGAGAGCCUCGCAGCGCUGUUCCUCCAGAAGAGGAGCUCUUGAACCAGGCUGUCAUCACACUUUCCUGCGCCUCCUACAGGAAUCAGGCCCUGCACAUCUUCCUCCGACCGGCCCUGCUCGCCUCCGCCAUCCACACUGCCUCCUCCAGCAACAAACAGGAGGUCUACAACAGCUUCAGCUUCCUGAGAAACAUGUUUUCCAAUGAGUUCAUCCUCUGCCCUGGAGCUACAGUGCAGGACUUUGAGGAGGCCUGUUUCCUGCUGGUGAAGACCGGAGCUCUGCAGAUCAACCAGCAGGAGUUUGUAGUAACCGAGAGAGGACACAGGACUCUGGCCUUCCUCACCAGCAUUCUAGAUCCCUUUUUACAAGGAUACCAGGUGGUGUGUAGGUUCCUGUGUGAAGACGCCACCGAGGCUCUGACAGAAAAACAGUUUGUUCCUGCUGUCCGGAAGUUCAUCAUCAAACACAUUCUGACAGGUAGACUACGAUACAUUGAGGUGUUGUCGUCGGACCUCCAGAAGAACAGUCUGGCGGCUUUGCUGAGACUCGGAGCUGUGCGGAAACUCAAAGGAGGAGAGGAGCAGGGGACUUUAAAGGUCAACAAGGUGAUGGUGAACUCAUUGGAAGACACUCUAGGAGGAAAACUCCCCACUCAGAAAGCUGUCGUCGCUCGCCUCUAAUUCGCUGACCUCAUUAACCAAAGGGGACUGAGGACGGUCAGCGGCGUGGGCCGACGUCGCUCUGCUCUACACGGUACGGUCCGAGUGGGCUCAACUUACCACAAAGACGAGCUUUCUAUGAGAGAUGGAACAAAAGAGUUGCCAUCUGGAGACAACUCGACCCCUUUUAUUGAGGUUUUCUUUAAUUUGACUGUCUCUCCUGCUCACCACUCUUUUCAAAAGGCAUUUUGUCUUUCUCAGACUCUUCUCUUAAAAACCUUUAUAUAAACCUACAUUAAAGCCGAUAAUGAGUGAAGCCUUUGAAGGUAUACUGCUAAGCUCCUUUGGCUCAUUCUGAAUUACUGACCUUUUGCUAUGAGCUGCCUUGUGAAAGCCUCCGAAUGUGCCAACUCCACUCAGAACAGGGGCCAUUUUCCAUUAAUGCAUUUGAUAUGUAUCCUCUAACACUCAGCUUGGCUUUUGUUUGUGUCCGUCUCAGUCUGCUCUUUUAUCUGAGCUUCGUUUUGUCAGCGUUUGACAUUAGUUGUUCGUCUGUCUUGUCUUUUUGGAGCACUUUAAUGAUUCAUUUAUGCAAAAAACGGUGUUAGUCUAUAUCUUAACUUUCUGUCUUCUAAUUUUGCUUUGAGUUCGUAUUUUAACGUUUGGUGAAAGUGAUUUUCUUGUGCACUGUAUAAGGUAAAGAGUUUUUAUGUUUGAGUUGCCAUAGACCCAAGAAUAGUCUAAACCAGGUGCCACAGUUGGAUUUAAAGCACCGUGGGUCAGCAUUGCCACCCACCUUCAGGCAUUUUGCCAACACUCCAAGCUACACGGACAAGCAGUACAUUUGUUUACACGAUGGAUAUAGUGCUGCAAGGAUAAUGUCAGUGUCAUUAAGUUGCCAAACUUCAUAUGAAUUGAAGUUACUGAAGCACUACCAGCGACGCCAAAGGAACACAUUUUUGCUCACUCUUUGGGAUAAUUUGUCAUGUUUUCAAGUUUAGAAUAGUUACUGAAGUUGCUAUAUACUGUAAGUUACUGAGUUUUUUUUUUAAGUCUAAAAAUAUGAAAGGUUUUGCUAUUAUUUAUAUGGAAGAAAAUGAUUUACACUUGAUAUGUUUGCUAUCAAAGAAAGGGCAAAAUAAGGAAAACUAUCAAAAUGGAAACUCAGAGUUGCAGCGAAUGCUGAUAAAGUGUCACUGUAGGAGAGGAGUAGGUUUUUCAAAGGAACCAUGCCAACAGAUGCUUUUAACUCUCAGGAUUAUACACUUAGCUGACGUAGUGAUGACAAGUGUGUGUGUGUGCUUUUUCAGACUUUCCAAAUUAAAACUAGUUCAGUUUAGAAACCCUCCCAUUGCAGUUAUUUAUUUGAUAAAACUUGUCUGUGCACUCCUGUUACCUUGAAAUCCCAACCCAGUGUCAGCAAAAGAUUGAGGUUGUACCGAAACAGACGAGCUGCUUUGCAGGCAAAGAAAUAACAUUCCUGGUUGAGUUAAACCUUGAGGCAAAACAAGGCCAAACAUCCACAAGUUCUCUGGCUUUAUCACCUCAGGCCAAAGGUUUGGCGGGCUUUGAUGAGAUUGCCUCAUUUUUGCUACAGAUGCAGUAACUCAGUUUUGGUUCUAAGGUAGCAUUUAUUUGCAUUCAAGCAUGUAUGAUUUAUGUCAAUUUUAACUUUAAACCUUGUGCAGGAAAUUUAGUUUUCAACUCUACAUGAAUAUCUUGCAGUAGUUUCAUACACUGAUGGUCUAUCAAGUGUAAAAUUAAAUUGAUUUGAGUCCUAAGCAAUGGAACCAACUGAAGGACCAGAUUUCAGAAUUUGAUGAUGCCGUUAAGAGAGUAUGAGCAUUCUUUUCAGUGUUAUCUGUUGAACUAAUUAAACAUGUUGGCUGAUUAGUUGUGUCAAUGGGACAAUAUCUUUACCUUUUCAGCACCUUUCUGUUUGUUUUUCUGACUGAUCCCAAAUGUUGAUUUGAAAUAUCCCUGAAACAAAUGAGGUGCAUGAGCUAAUUUGGUCUUUUGAACCAACAACAAGAGAGCGGUUGAUCUCACUGAGAGGUUGAGGGCUCUACGUGGGCUGAUACGGUAGCGACCCAUCAAUCACAAGGUCACCCUGCCCUAAAUAACUUGCCUCAUAACUAGCUGCCUCAUCAUCAACUUUACUCUAAAUCAGGGGUGUCAAGAUCCGUUCCUGGAGGGCCACUAUCCUGCAUGUUUUAGAUGUUUCCCUCUUCCAACGCACCUGAUUCAAAUGAUCAGGCUCGUUAUCAGGCUUCUGCUGAGCUUGAUGAUGAGCUGAUCAUUUGAAUCAGGUGUGUUGGAAGAAGGAAACAUCUAAAACACGCAGGAUAGUGGCCCUCCAGGAACUGAGUUUGACACCCCUGCUCUAAAUGUUACAACGUGAUGUUAAAUUUUAAAAUUAUGGUAUUAGGAAAGGUCUUGAAAGUGGCAUUUGUGACCUUAAACACACAUGAAAACAUUUACUGAGGUUACAAAUCAAGUGAGAAGUCGGGGCAUUUUGUCAUAGACAUCUAUACAUCAGACAUUUGUAAUCAGAACACUCACCCCCUGCUGGCUGUUAGAAGGAAUGCAGGUUUAAGGCACUUUUUAAAAAAAAUUAUAUUGGCCUAAAAGAUCCUGACCUGCUAUUUCAAAACUACUGUUGCUUCAGCUAAAAACAAACAAAAAAAACACAAAACCUACAAAGUCUCCCCCUCAAAUCAGUUACUCUGUUGUUUAUCCAUCUAUUCUUCCGAUUUAUCCACUUGAUCCUCUGUUGGGUUGCGGCGGCUGGAGCCUUUCCGAGCUAACGGUGGGCAAAAUAGUGUGCACCAUGGAGAGAACACUGGAGUCACUCACAACCAAUUUAGAACCACUAGUGAACCGACUACACCCACUAUGAACUGUGGAAGAAAGCCAAAGGAGGUGCUGUGAAGUGGACCACUGAAAUUUACCCUCCCUUUUAAAACUAGUCUAACCAGCCCUCAGCCUUUUUGCUUUCAUUAGUGUCAUUCGUCUAUUACGAAAUCUGUAAACUUUCAGUCUUCUUGGUUAACUCAACCACCAGCAAAGCAGCUCUGCAACAAAAAAAUGUCUGUAGAACAACAAUCUGUAAGUCAGCAUGGCAUCCAAAGUCUACAUUGUGCUAUAUUUGUGGUUGUGUUUUUUUUUUGUUUCUCAAAAUCUAUUAAGGCUUUUCUAUUAUGUCCAUAUAAUUGAUUUAUUUGUGUGUGGGUUGAACUAUGCUUAAGUGUACCGCCUUUUAGUACUGAGUGUACUGGCUGGUGAAUUACAAAAGCAUGUCAUUAAAGCAUUUUGAAAUACA